GGUCUGGGUCAGGUGACAGGAGCAGGGUACACUUAGCAGAAGCCGGAAGGCCAGCGCUAGGCAGCUUCUGCGGCUGACAGAGAAGGUUCCCGGCUUCCCUGGUGACUGGCGGUUCCCCCGAGGAUCCCAGGCUGGCGCGCAUGCGCCUGGGGUUCCUGAUGCUUCUGCCGCUGCUGCUGCUGCCGCUCCUGAGGCCUUGGGGGGUCACGAGAGCCCUUAGCUAUGACCCCACUUGGGAAUCUCUGGACAGACGCCCGCUGCCAGCCUGGUUCGACCAGGCCAAGUUCGGCAUCUUUAUCCACUGGGGAGUGUUCUCCGUGCCCAGCUUUGGUAGUGAAUGGUUCUGGUGGUAUUGGCAAAAGGAGAAGAAACCCCAGUUUGUGGACUUUAUGAACAAUAAUUAUGCUCCUGGUUUUAAGUAUGAAGAUUUUGUAGUGCUAUUUACAGCCAAGUAUUUUAAUGCAAACCAGUGGGCAGAUAUUCUCCAGGCCUCUGGUGCCAAAUAUGUGGUCUUCACUUCUAAACAUCACGAAGGCUUUACAAUGUGGGGCUCAGACCGUUCUUGGAACUGGAAUGCAGUCGAUGAGGGGCCAAAGAGGGACAUUGUCAAGGAGCUUGAGGUGGCUGUGAGGAACAGGACUGGCUUGCACUUUGGUCUGUACUAUUCUCUUUUUGAAUGGUUCCAUCCGCUCUUUCUGGAGGAUCAGUCCAGCUCAUUCCAAAAGCAGCGAUUUCCCGUUUCUAAGACAUUGCCUGAGCUCUAUGAGUUGGUGAACAGAUACCAGCCUGAAGUCCUGUGGUCAGACGGAGAUGGGGGCGCGCCAGAUCACUACUGGAACAGCACUGGCUUCUUAGCCUGGCUGUAUAAUGAAAGCCCAGUUCGGAAAACAGUAGUCACCAAUGAUCGCUGGGGAGUCGGGUCUAUCUGCAAACAUGGUGGCUACUAUACUUGCAGUGACCGUUACAAUCCUGGCUAUCUCUUGCCACACAAAUGGGAAAACUGCAUGACAAUAGAUAAGUUCUCCUGGGGCUACAGGCGGGAAGCUGAAAUCAGUGAUUAUCUUACAAUUGAAGAGUUGGUGAAGAAACUUGUGGAAACAGUCGCAUGUGGUGGAAAUCUUUUGAUGAAUAUUGGUCCCACGGGAGACGGCACCAUUCCUGUCAUUUUUGAGGAGCGAUUAAGGCAAAUGGGAACCUGGCUGAAGGUCAACGGGGAAGCUAUUUAUGAAACACACACUUGGAGGUCUCAGAAUGACACUGUCACUCCGGAUGUGUGGUACACAUCUAAACCCGAGAAGAAAUUAGUCUAUGCUAUUUUUCUUAAAUGGCCCAUCUCUGGAAAGCUGUUUCUUGGACAACCCAUAGGUAGUCUGGGGGAAACAGAGGUAGAACUGCUGGGCCAUUGGCAGCCACUGACUUGGACAUCUUCACAGCCCAGUGGCAUCACCGUGGAGUUACCUCUGCUCAGCGUACAUCAGAUGCCCUGUAAAUGGGGAUGGACUCUUGUGCUAAGUAAUGUGAUUUAACCUGCAGCAGAAAGAUGUAAGCUGCAGGUACCUCUAACUACAGGAAAUGGCAGGGUUUUUUGUGUUUUGUUUUUAAAGUACCACUAAAGAAAUCAGGAUAAAAAUGAUACAAAAACUGAAAUCAUUAGGUAAUACAGUUUCCCUUCUUGUUCUUCCUAAAUUCUUUCCUAAACCACUCGUGUUACCAUUUGACUAUGCUUCCCUCCAAAGUCUCUUCCUGCUGAAUCCAUUUCACAUGUAACUCACAGGUGCAAAUAUUUUUUUUUCAGAGAAGCUAGAAACUCCUAACCUUCUACUGAAACCUUAACACUCCACGUGGCUGUAUUGGAAACAGAGCUCUUGAAAUGGUCAAGAUUAAACCAUCAUAGGGCUAGCCCUAAUACCAGAGGACUUGGUGUCUUAUAAGGGAGAGACAAUAAAGAUGCAAAACCACCGGGGAAAGCCAUGCAAAGAAGACAGUUAUCCGCAAGCCAAGGAGAAGAGUGCAGGAGAAACCGAAUCUCUCUAACACCCUCAUCUUGGACUUCUAUCCUCUAGGACUGUGAGGAAAUAUAACUUCCUGUUGUUGAAGCCAUCCAGGAUGUCUUUGGUCUUCCCCAUACCUCCUAUCAUAAAUCCUCAUAUAUAAUGCAGACUAUGUAAUGAAUUUGAUUAGAUAUAUGUGUCCAAUGAAUUCCGUAAUUAUCUUUUCAUCUUAAAGACUUCCCUCAUAUUCAUUUUCUAUUUGCUUCUAUUUGCUGUAGAAAUUUUGAAAUACAAGUCACCGCCUAGACCACUGCAAUUAUUUUAUAAUAUUUUAGUAUGUAUUCUUCCAAUUUGGGGACAGAAAGAGGUGUGAGAUUGGAGGGAUAGGGUUAUUUGUUUUAAUGAGGGCUAAAACAGGUUGUAAACCUAGUUGAAAAUUGGGAAGGUGUUAUUAGCUUCUUUUCUGUUCCUGUCAUGAAACAUAAUGACCAAAGCAGUAUACUGGAGGAAGAGUUUAUCAUGGCUUAUAGUGUCAGAGGGUUAUAUGAGAGUCUGUCAUAGUAUGAAGAUACAGCAGCAGAUGAGCACAGCAGCUGGAGACCACCACAUCUUCAACUGCUAGCAUGAGGCAGAGAGUGAACUGGGUAGGGUGAGCACUAUACCUGUGGUUUUCUACCUUCCUAAUGCUGCAACCCUUUUUAUAGUUCCUUAUGUUGUGGUGAACUGCCCCCCCCCCAUACAAUUAUUUUUGUGUGUGUAAUUUUGCUACUGGUAUGAAUUGCAAUGUAAAUAUUUUUGAAGAUAGAGGUUUGCCAGAGGGGUCACGACCCUCAGGUUGUGAGAGCACCACUGCUCUAAUCUAUCAAUGCCUACUGGCCCUGCGGUACACGUCCUUCAGGAAGGCUGUGUCACCCAACUCUUCCCAAAUGGUGCCACCAACUGAAGACCAAGUGUUCAAAUACCCGAAUCUAUGGAGAAUUUUUCUCAUCCAAUCCCCCUCCCCCAUCCACCCACUCCCAACCCCACACACAAAUAGCCUACUAAGAUCUUUGUCUAAGUUUCUUUUCUGUUGCUGUGACAAAACACUGUGAGCAAGGGAACGUAUAAGAGAGAGAGUGUUUAACUGGGCUUGUGGGUACAGAAGACUGGAGCCUACAGUGGCAGAGCGAAGGUGUGGAGGUAGGCAGCUGAGCAGCUGCUGAGAGCUCACAUAGUGAUCCAUAUGCAGUAGACAGAGAAACACUAGAGAAAGCUGACAAGCCUCCUCCAGCAUGCUAGCACCUCCUAAUCCUUCUCAAACUUCCAUCGAAUGAGAAGCAAGUAUUCAAACUUUAGGCAACAGGGGCCAUUCUCAUUCAAACUACCACUGUGUUCCUGUAAAAUAAGAUAAAAAUAAUUGUAGCAGAAUUCUCCCCUAAUUAAUUACAUAAUAAGGAUGACUAGAAGACAAUCACGGGGCAAGUAGCAGGUGGGCCUUCCAAGUAAGAGAGAGGAAGAGGAAGGGAAUGCAGGAGGAGGGCACCCAGAAUCUGCCACUGGAAGAUUUCUAACAGAAUAGUUAAUGAGUUUAGGGUGAUAGAUUCUGCACCCAGGAGUUGUGUUAUCUGUUGAUUCUAAACCAAGACAGUCUGGUGUUUUCCAUUUGCUGUGACUCAACUGAGCUCUAGGGGAAAGGUACCUGCAGAGGAGCAUGGGUUGGUGAGAGUGCGCCCCCAGCUAGCUUUGGACAUUUGGGUGUGUUGAGCGGUUUGGCAGCACCUAGCUGCAGGGGUUGGGUGACUGGAAACUGCACCUCAGCAGCAAGCAUGGCGAACCACCACAUGGGGAUAGCCACGGGGGCAGGGAGACUGCCUCAGCCAGUGUAGCCGGUGAUAGCAUGGAUUGAUUUUUUAAUUAUUACACAUAAAAAUAAUAGUGACUCUGAUACAUGUUUAAAGAAAAAUUGAUUAAAGAACUCAUUCCCAAAAGGUGUUCUCAACAUGGGCAGAUGUGAUGAUGCGCACCUAUAUCCAUUCCCAGACUAGAGAGGCUGAGGCAAGAGGGUCACAAGCUCAGGGCCAGCAUGCACUACAAUAGCUACACAGACCAUCUCAAACAAAACAAAUAUUUUUAAAUGGUCAUAUCCUUUUUGUUAUAUUAUGUAUUCAAAUUCAUUGUUUUUUUUUUUUAAUUAUUUAAGGCCUGGCAACUGUUAGCUCAUGCCUUUAAUCCCAGUGCUUAGGGGGCAGAGGCAGGCAUAUCUGCCUAUCUUUAAGUUCAAGGCCAGCCUGGUCUACAGAGCAAGUUCCAGGACAGCCAGGGCUACACAGAGAAACACUGUCUUGAAAAACCAAAACCAACCAACUAAACAAACAAACAAAAAAUAUAUAUACCUCCUAAAGUUUCUCUUCGAGGUUGGCAUCUUCUAAGACAUCCAUUGCUGAAGACCUUGCAACUAUCAAGACUUGUUCUUCUUGAGACAAGACUCACUAUGUUGUCCAGACUGGACUUAAAUUUUUUGGGUUCAAGCAAUCUUACUGCCUAUGUCUUCAAGUAGCAGGGAAUACAGAUGUGCCCCAUCACACCUGGGUGAGAGUACCAACUACCCAAAACUAUGCCAAAAUAUUCAUGGGGAAAAUAUUUGUUCAUCCUAAAUCUCAAUAUUUUAUUAGAGAGCCAUUAUGUAUAUAUGUUGAAAUGAUCAACUUCUGCACCAAGAAAACACACACACACACACACACACACACACACACACACACACACACUCUCUUUUUUACAUUUUUCUUUUCAUUAAUUAUUUAUUCACUUUACAUCUGAUCACAACCCUCCCCGUCUUGGGGCUUCUUCUCCUCACAUGGUACUUCCCAUCAUUUCCCCUCCCAUAUCCUCUGAGAAUGGGGAGGUCCCUCUGGGUAUCACCUCAUCCUGGCCCAUCAAGUCACUCCAGGACUGGGUACAUCCUUUCCCACUGAGACCAGACAAGGCAGUCCAGUUAGGGGAAUGGGAUCCUCAGGCAGGCAACAGAGUCAGGGACAUUGUUGGGGGGCUUGCAUGAAGACUAAGCUGUACAUCUGUUAUAAAUGUGUGAGGGGGUGAGGGGGUGGGCCUAGGUCUGGCCCAUGCUUAGUCUUUGGUUGGAGGGAAACCACAAAAAUUUAAAAAGGAACAAAGCCAAACAAAAAUCUAAAGCAGCGUUGUUAAGAAUCUUGACACAGAUAUUGAGUCAUCUGCUUAAGAAAGUGUUUUUAAGAGAAAAGAAAACGAGAACUGCUUAAAUUCUUUACUUGAUAUAGUUGAAAGUAAAAGAAGAUAAGAUGCCUAAAGCAAAUAGUAUACAGGGUUUAGCUGAUGAGCAGCUGUAUUUAUUACGGCCACAUUACUGGAAUUAAACACUGGACUUAAAACAAUGUGAGGAUACAGUUACCAUGGUGAGACCCGCACAGUUGGAGCGUGAGACAGCUGGUUACAUUGGGUCUGCAAAUGAGGCUGUGGGGAAAUGAAUGUUUGGCCGACACUUGUUGUUUUUCUGUAUCCCCCACCCUUCUCUCUCCUUCCUUCCUUUCCAGUCAGACCCAGACCAUGGAAUGAUGUUACCUAUCUAGUCUUUGUACCCAAGUUGUAGCUCUCCAUAAAUGCCCUCACAGGUGCAUUCAGAGGUGGGUCCAAAUCCAGUUAGAUUGGAAAAUUAACCAUCACAGUACUUCAUAACUUAACAUGCAAAUAAAUACAUUUUGUUAACCCUAA